CUUCAAGUUUACUCUUAUUAAUUAUUAGUAACCAUGGUCUUUAAGGUAGUCACCCUUACUCUCUUAGUAGCUUGUGCUCAAGCUAUCCGGUAUGACGGCCAUGCCGCAACAUCCUCCAUCGUCUUCAACGACAACCACAACUCAGUCCAGCACAUUCAGUCCGCGCACCCAGCUCCUUCCCACGGAUACGCCGCUCCAAUCGCCCACUACUCCGCUCCCUCGCCAGUUUCCCACUACGCAGCUCCCGCACCAGUAGCCCAGUAUGCCGCUCCCGCUCCAGUAGCCCAUUAUGCUGCUCCAGCCAUCAAAGUAGCUGCUCCUGUUCUCCUUAAAAGCUCAGGACCUUCCCAUGGUGCCAGCUCUUACUCAAGCUUGAGCUUCGGCAGUGACAAUGGAUACUACAAUCAACACUCUGCCCCUGUUGCACACUAUGCUGCCCCUGCAGCUAAAAUUGCUGCUCCCCUGCUCAUUAAAGCCCCUGCCAAAGUUGCCGUAGCUCCAGUUGCUUAUGCUCAAGUUGCUCCAGCAUACAACCACGGAGGAUACAGCCAUGGAGGAUACAGCCACCAUGAAGAAGAAUACGCUCACCCCAAAUACGAAUUCGCCUAUGGAGUAGAAGACCACCAUACUGGUGACAUCCACUCACACAAAGAAGUUCGUGAUGGUGAUGUUACUCACGGAGAAUACUCAUUGCACGAAGCUGAUGGAACCGUCAGAACCGUCAAAUACAGCGUAGACAAACACAGUGGUUUCAACGCCGUUGUUGAAAGAUCUGGCCAUGCCAACCAUGCUCAACCUACCAAAGUCAUUCUUAAAGCUGUUGCCCCAGCUCCAUCAUACUACCAUAAUCCCACAAACACUGUUCGGAACAUAAUCGAGAGUUGUGCCAACACGACGCUCGUAGCAGCGUUAACAAUAUAUAGGUUCCUAUCAGAAAGAAAAAAACAAGGUAUAACUAACCUAAACACAAAUGAACACUUGAAGAGGGGAAAAAGCCUGUUGAAAUUAAUGGAUUUGCCAAAAAUAUUAUUCGAAGGAAAAUUCACGGAUUUUUUUUUCAAAAAGGAAAUACCCAACCUUAACAAAAUUUUACAAGAAGUUAAAGACGAUCCUGAUUUGCCUAAUAUCGGACGAACCAAACUGUGGGAAGUUUUAAAAGAAUUAAAUUUCCGGUGGGAGAAAUCAGACCGAAAAUCAGUUUUGAUUGACCGCGAAGAGAUAAUAUGUUGGAGAAGACAUUAUCUAAGAUCCAUACGAAAAUUCCGGGCUGAAGGAAGGCCAAUCUACUAUCAGGACGAAACUUGGGUAAAUGCAGGUCAUACUCUAACAAAAAUUUGGUCAGAUAAAAAUAUAUUAAGCUCCAGGCAAGCGUUUAUAGAAGGUUGGUCUACUAGUAUUUCCCCACCCUCUGGUAAAGAUAGUAGAUUAAUAAUUUCUCACCUUGGCAGUGAAAAAGGAUUUCUUAUGGACGGUUUGUUGGAAUUUCAAUCCAAAAGCACAAAAGAUUAUCACGAGGAGAUGACAGCUGAUGUUUUCGAAGAGUAUUUUGAGCAGAUGAUUGAACAUAUACCACCAAAUUCAAUUAUAGUAUUAGACAAUGCACCUUAUCAUUCAAGACUAGUAGAAAGACUUCCAACGACUGCGUGGAAGAAACAAGAUGUCCUUGACUGCCUGAAGAAUAAGUCUCUGACUUACGAAGAUGGAAUGAUUUUUAUUGCUGUAUGUGCGAUAGCGUCCAUUAAUUGUGGAGCUAUUUCGUAUACCUCCGGAGGACUUCACUUGGAUGAUGAUCAUGGUAUUGGUGAUUACGGUCAUGGCAUUUCUCUAGUAAGCCAUGCUGUUGCUGCUCCAAUCGCUUAUGCUAAACCUGUAGCUAUAGCUAAAGAAGUAGUCGAUUAUAGUGCACCAGCACACUAUGAAUUUAAGUACGGAGUAGAAGAUGCUCACACUGGUGACAAAAAACAACAAUCUGAAGUUCGAGUGGGUGAUUCUGUUAAAGGAGAAUAUUCUCUUGCUGAACCUGAUGGCACAGUUAGAGUGGUUAAAUAUACUGCUGAUCCUCAUAAUGGAUUCAAUGCUGUAGUCAGUAGGAUAGGUACUGAAAUCAACAUGAUUGCUAAGGUUGUACUUGUUUGCGCAUUCGUAGCCGUUGCUCAUGGAGUAGGCAUUUCUGUAUUAGAUGGAGGACUGGGACUGGGUUUGGGUGGUCAUGGUCUUCUUGGAUCUGGAGCUCUUGUUACUGGACAUUCAGUUGCUGUAGCCCAACCAUCAGUAGAUUUACAUGCACCAGCCAAUUAUCAAUUCAAAUAUGGAGUCCAAGAUGCUCACACAGGAGACAACAAGCAACAAUCUGAAGUGAGAGUAGGGGAUACCGUUAGAGGAGAAUACUCAUUAGCUGAACCAGACGGCACCAUAAGAGUUGUCAAGUACACUGCUGAUCCUCACAAUGGUUUCAACGCAGUAGUUAGUCGAGUUGGACACGCUGCCCAUCCUCAAGUAGUCCAAAGAACUGUAGUAGCUGCUCCAGUUAUUAGCCAUGCUCCAGUCAUCGCACACGCUCCAGUUCUUGGUCAUGGAAUAGGACUUGACUUGGGAUUAGGACUUCAUUAAUUUUACUUCGACUGAUCGUGUUUCACAUUUUAUAUUAUUUUACUAUUUAUCUAUUAGUCUUUUGAAUCAUACUUGAAUAAUGAAGAUGUUUUUUAAAACAGCGUUCUUUUAAAAGACAUUUCCGAA